AUGUACCACGGGCACAACCAGAAGCGCCAGUGCCAGCCCGCCGGCCAUCAAAGGCAGCCCGGCAGCCCGCCCUCGUCGCCGGUGGAGGCCCAGUCGCCCCAGGACCCGAGCAGCCCGACGGCGGCGGGCUCACCGGCAACAUCCUGGAGCUCGCCGGCAACAUCCUGCACCACCACCCCCGCCGCCACCACCCCCACUACCACCACAUUCACCGCACCCACCAGCAUGUCGACGCGGCGCUCGGCGGGCAACCCGGCCCUCGCGUUGAAGCUGGAGCAGAUGGCGAUGCCGCUGGCACCACUCGUGCAGAUGACGACGGGCCGCGUGCACCCGGCCUUCCCGCGGACGCUGCUGCACUUCUGGGUCCUGACGGACGCGCAGCUCGACUCGCUCGCCCACUUUUAUCAUCAGCGCACCCCGGGCUACUGGACGUCCCAGUACCCGUGCCCGGUCCGCUGGGGCCCCAACCUGCCGCUCGAGGAGAAGCGCCGCAAGAUGGGCAUGUUCAUCGGCCUCAGGGGCUGCGAGAGCCCCAUCUUGCUCGCGGGCUCUGCCGAGGAGCUGCUCGAAGAGGCCCGCCGCCAGGCCGUGAUUGAGGAGGGCGCCGACGACGCCUUGAUACGCAAGGCUGGCUCCUACGAGUGA